CCAACAACGUUCUUCUGACUCCACUUUCUAUCUUCAAACAUUUGGACAGCUCAGAUUAACAAUCACAUUUAGGGAUGGAGGGCUUAUCGUUGACAUUAUUGAGGCCAAGGCUCUUGUGGGAAAUGAUCAAGGAAUCUGCAACUCCUAUGUGAAGGUUGGAAUGGCACCUGAUGCUGAUGGAAGAACUCGGAGGAAGACGAACGUGGUCCCAGACUGCAGGAGUCCGUUCUACAAUGAGACAUUUUUCUUUGCUGUCGGCGAUACAGAGAGUAACAAGAGGCUUCUGUUCACUGUCUGGAGCCAUAAUGAAGAUACCAGGCAGCUUAUCGGCUGCAUGAGUUUUGGAGUUCAUUCGCUAAUCAGAUCAGAGAAGAUCAGUGGCUGGUACUACAUACUUGGAGAGGACCUGGGUAGGACCAAACACCUGCGAGUGAAUCCUCCUGGCUGCGCACACACCUCUGAAACUUCCAGGGAGUCGCAUGUUGUAGCCGAGUGCGAUCGUCUGAGGGUGCUGACCGCACGUGAACCCUCAGCGAAGCAGAGAUUAGAGGCGGCCUCGCUAAACCAUGCUGCUUCUCCAGACGCCACCAGCCCUGAGAAAAUGCAAUGCAUAACGGUGACUAUCCGUCGAGGGAAGGACGGCUAUGGGUUCACCAUCUGCUCCGACGCACCUGUACGAGUACAGGGUGUUGAUCCGGGUGGUCCUGCAGAUUUGGCCGGACUCAGACAGCUGGACACUCUUCUGCAGUUGAACGGUCAGCCCGUGGAUCAGUGGAAGUGUGCAGAUCUUGCCCAUGCUAUCAGAACCAGUGUCGGUGAGAUCACCGUGACGGUCUGGCGGUCCGGACCCUCUGUGAAGUCCAGCUACGAGGGUCUGAACCAGCAGUCCUACAAGAACUCCAACUACGACACUCCUCUGUCUCCUCCUAAAAUCAGACGUGCGGAUAAGACGCCCCCGGUUCCCCCACUACCCGCACACCUGCGUCGCAGAGUUCUGCAUAACGGCUUAGACGGUGGGAGGGCUGGAGGUACAGGGGGCGCAGGGGGUACCGGUGUGCCAUGGGGCGAGAGGAAUGAAGAGGUGCAAGCCAAUACCAGGGCACACACCCCGACGACUCUGAGAGGGACACGAGUCAAGGCGUCCAAUGGGGACAACUAUAUCAUCCUGUCUCCUAUCAACCCUGGAGGCCAGAUCCUGAGACAAGUAUAUGGAGAUAAUCACGGCACUCUGGGGUGGAUGUACCCUCCGGGAAAUGCCAACGCGCCCCAGCCGCACACUUCCGGCACUGACGCUGCCCCCAGACUGGCAAGCAGAACCAGCUUUCUGCGCCGCUCUGGCCACAAGUCCAGAACGUCCUCUGCUUCUAAAUUCCACCAGCAAAGCUCCAACUUCGCCAACUACCAAAACUGCACCAUCGUCAGAUCCCACGCGUCAUCGCACGCCAACUACGGCGCUUAUGUCAAAGCGGCGCCCAAAAUUCUCAUAUUUCCCAUCUUUGUGCAGCCGCUGGACUUGUGUAGCCCGGUCCGAGCUCUGGUGAUCACGGAGGAGCUGAUCCUGCACGAGAGCAAACAUCUCUCCAUCAAGGUGACCAUCUUCAUCUAUACUGAUCUGAUGCUGGUGACAAGGGAGGAUGAACCAGGCCGCUGUAACGUCCUGCAAAACCCCCUGUUCCUCAAACAUCUCCGGCUGGAGGAUGAUCACAGUGAUGAGCUUCGCUUCUACCUCAUCCACAUGACUGAGAGGUGUGAGUGUUUGCUGAGUUUGGAGGCGUACACGGCGGAGCAGAAGAGCCGAGUGUGUCAGUGUCUGAGUGAAAACAUAGAGAAGCAACUUCAGCUGCAACACCAAGAGACCCUGAGCUCACCUGAACAGAUGCUGGAGCCCAAGCUGGACGAGCAGUGCGAUCUGGGGGCUCAGCGCCUCCCCUCAGAGGACGAACACCUCAGCAGCCCUUCCGACGCCCCAGGCACCGGCACUACCGCCAGCUCUCCUUCAGAAGAGACCCGUCAUCUGGUACCCCCUACGCCGCCCCCUUCCACCGAGGGUAGCCUAAGCGACAUCUGGCGUGAAGACAGAGGAGACGAUGAAGAGGAGGAGAAAAAGACUCCGCCCGAGGAAGAGUACGGUGAUGAGACCUCACACGGAGCUGACGGAGAUGAGACGGAGAAGAAAGACGACAACGAGGACAACGACACGAACGCUCUACCAUCGUCGUCAUCCUUUAUCAUCCCAGAGCUGCGUCUGGACCGCUCCUUCAGCACAGACGCUCUCUCCUCACCCGCUACCGAUGAAGAGGAUGACGAGGAUGAUGAAGACGAUGAAGAGGAUGAUGAGGAUGAGGAUGAGGACAGUGAUGAUUACGUAGAGCGUGGUAAACGCAGGAGCAUGGUGGAGCCGGGUUCGUGUGAGAAGCACGGCGGAUCCGGGGGGCUGAGCGUACAGAACUCGUUACGCAGACGCACCCACAGCGAGGGCAGCCUCCUCCAGGACCCGCGCACCACCUGUUUCACCUCCGACAACGCCAUCAAUUGCCUGGAGGUCAACACCGCGAACAAGGGAGGCUGGACGCUGCCCUCUCCCAAAACACUGAAGAAGGAGCUGACCAAGAACGGAGGGUCCAUGCACCAGCUCUGCAUGCUGUUCUCCGGCCGAAAGCUGAGCGCCGAAACCGAGUGCAGCUGUGACGUCAGUCCAGACGGAACCAAGAAGAAGAAGUCCAAGAACCUGGCCAAAGACAUGAAGAACCGCUUGGCGUUCCUGAGGAGAAGGAACGAGUCUCCGGGCAGCUCUCCGGCCAGCAAACUGGACAAAACCUUAAAGUCAGUAAAGCCCACGCCGGAGGAGGCCGUGAAGUGGGGAGAGUCCCUCGACAAGCUGCUCGUCCACAAAUAUGGUCUGGCGGCGUUCAGAGCCUUCCUACGGACCGAGUUCAGCGAAGAGAACCUCGAAUUCUGGCUCGCCUGUGAGGAUUACAAAAAGGUCAAAUCGCAGUCCAAGAUGGCUUCCAAAGCCAAGAAGAUCUUUGCAGAGUACAUCGCCAUUCAGUCCUGUAAAGAGGUGAACCUGGACUCGUACACGCGAGAGCACACCAAGGAGAACCUGCAGAACGUCUCGCGCUCCUGCUUCGACCUGGCCCAGAGGCGGAUAUACGGCCUGAUGGAGAAGGACUCGUACCCGCGCUUCCUGCGCUCCGAACUCUACCUGGACUUAGUCAACCAGAAGAAAGCCAGCGCCGCGUCCACGGCGUCGUCGUCGUAAUGCGCCGCCCGGUGCGGGGACGCUCACGGGCCGCGGAGAAUUAUUUCACUUAGGAGUUUCGUUCUCAUCCGCCAUCCUGUCCUACACGGCCGCACAGACCGAGCCGGAGCGAGAGAGAGGGGCGACUGGCACAGAAACGAAAGAUCUGCGAGGGAGAAAGCGGGCGUGGUUCGAUCUGCACGGAGGGGAACCGAUGGAGUGUCCUGUUUCGUUUUUGCCAUUUCUUUAUUUAUUUUUCCACACGUGCUGGACAGAACGGGGAUCUCUUUGACACAGAGACAGUCGGGUACUGUUUUGUAGCUCAUCGUUUUGAACCGCCCCGUCCUGAGAACACGGUUCCCGCGCUGUCGGUACGACCCAGACGCCACUUUUAAGAUGUGGACCGAUGAAAAUAACAAACGGCUGGGUGUUUUUUCUCUCUCUUCUCGACGAUCAUGCACUUCCGUAUCCUCGCGUCCAUGUUCUAGCAAAAGACUUGCUCGAAUAGACCAAACCUGGGCGAUUUCAUGCUACUAACUCCCACAGAACGGAGGCGUUCCUAUAAGUCGGACUGUUUUCACAUAGCGACCCGUCGUAGCUCCAUGUGGAAAUCAGAUGAGGAAUCUCAGGACUGCAAGGCACUCGACUAUGAAGCUUUCAGGCUCAUUUAACAUUAUUUUGUAUAUAUUUUUUAAUUAUUAUUAUUAUUUUUAGGUUAAAACCUGCACUCCAUAGAUAGAGUUUGUUAAUAAGAAAUGCUUUACCUGUACAGAAGUUUGAAUAUUUAUUUAGAUCCUUGCUGGUCAUGCAGUUCAUUGCACUCGGCUAUAAGCACCCGUCCCUUUUUACCCCCUAUUUUACCCCACGCUCUCCUUAAAUAAGUGCAAUACGUUUUAUUAUUUUUAUUAGUCCGCUUAUCCGUCGCACAAGUUUCACUUUUUGCGUGAGCGCGACACCGAGUUGUUUUGGUUUUUACGUCUGAACAGCGAGUCGCAGUUUUAGAGAGUAAACAGCUACUAUAAGCAUGUUAUUCGAACUGUGUGUGCACCCAGGCAGCAGGCCGCCGGGGGAAAUACGGAUGUAAAUAUCGUUCUUAAGAAAAGCAUAAAAUGGAAGAAAAAGAAGAAAAAAAGACAAAAAACCCCGAAGGUUCCGCGGUGAUGCCGCGGUUCACGGUCAGAUGUAUAUGUAUGUAAAUACUGAGAGCUUCGAAGCUAUAAACGGCAUGUAAUGUUAUCGAACAGGGGCGUGGGUGGGUAAAAUCCACCUCCCACACAGUCAUACACUGCUUGUAAGGGGUUUUACGAAAUGUAUUUUAGCAUUUUCACUGUUUACAAUUCAAAUGCAUCUCCUAAAAUAGCAAGACAGACGAUAGACUACAUUCAGUGUCAUUGUAAAAAAAAAAAAUAGAAAUGAAAAUAAAAAUGAUGAAAUAAAGCAACCAAGUGGUUAAACCGAUA